AUGACUGACAAUCGCAAUCCAUCCACUCCGGAAGAAGUUUUCCACACGACGUUGACGGUAGUAGACUUCCACCACGAUACUUCGGGUUCGACGAGGGAUGUCUACGUGCUCGGUACCCACACCACUCUCCCAGCUGCCAAAGCAUUCGCCCUCUCGGCGUUGUCGCACCUUGGCUACGAACCAGACGAUUUUUCCGAGUAUGCUACGCGCGCCGACACUCCGUCAGAGGCCUGGGAACAUGGCGACGGCGUGUUGGUAUACGGCAAGGCGCCCGCGGGACAGGAAUUCCUUGUCGGUUUAGACACCAAACCCAACACGGAGUCACUCCCCGCAGGCUCAGAUGAUACGCUGCGUCUGCCAGAUGGCCACGACCACUUGCACUAUGUCCUACAGAACAGGACCGACUACAAUCUGGACAAGAGCGGCGCCUCUCAGACUACUGAGAUCCUGGGCUGUUAUGUGCGCCGGGACGCUGCUCAGACCGCUGCCAAAGUCGCCUUACAAGCGGAUCGAGAGAAAUUUGAGCAAUAUGACGAUCGUGAUGAUGUGGAAUCGGACGGCGAGUGGCCGUUUGGCGAUGAGGUUCUCGUACAUGCCGUGGCUUAUACGGGAGAAAAUUAUACGGUGGCCGUGAAGACAGCCCCGGGGGCUCACAAGAUGCAUGGGAAGAGGAAGUAA